UGUGUGUGUGUGUGUGUGCGUGCGUGUGUGUGUGACUGGAAGAAUACUAAACGGGAGGGAGCUCACUGAGGAGGAGGACCAACACAAGGACUAUUUGGCAAGCUGGAACUUGUCCCGACCGACCAUCACACAGCCCCGGAGCAGAGGCAGGGACACACAAUCUGCCCAUGCUACAUGCACACACACACACACACACACACACACACACAGACACACACGCUCCGCCAGGAAUAGAUUUGGAAGAUGAACGGAGCGGCGGUUACGCAAGACGGGGCCGAGCCGCAGGGGGGCGCGGGGAGGACGCUCCGGUUCCAGCGUCCGCACGCGUCGGUGCCCCAGUUCACCAACUCCCCAACCAUGAUAGUGAUGGUGGGACUCCCGGCGAGAGGGAAGACCUACAUCUCCAAAAAGCUCACCAGAUACCUGAACUGGAUCGGCGUUACCACUAAAGUGUUCAAUGUCGGGCAGUACAGAAGAGACGCCACACGUUCCUACAACAGCUUCGAGUUCUUCAGACCCGACAACGCAGAGGCCAUGAAGAUACGCAGGGCCUGUGCCGUCACUGCCCUGAAAGAUGUGUGUGACUACUUCAACAGAGAGCUGGGGCAGGUCGUGGUUUUUGAUGCCACCAACACGACCUCAGAGCGCAGAGAGGUCAUCCUCGGCUUCGCCAAGGAAAACGGUUACAAGGUUUUCUUUGUGGAGUCGAUAUGUGAUGAUCCAGAAAUCAUCGCUGAGAAUAUUAAACAAGUGAAGCUGAGCAGCCCGGACUAUGUAGACUGUGACAAAGAGGAAGCUGUGGCCGACUUCCUGAAGAGGAUCGAGUGUUACAAGCUGACCUACGUCCCACUGGAUGACAACAAGGACAGGAACUUAUCGUACAUCAAGAUCUUCAAUGUGGGCAGCCGAUACCUGGUGAACCGGGUCCAGGACCACAUCCAGAGCAGGAUAGUGUACUACCUCAUGAACAUCCACGUCACCCCGAGGUCCAUCUACCUGUGUCGCCACGGAGAGAGCGAACUCAACCUCGUGGGUCGCAUCGGGGGAGACUCCGGGCUGUCACCUCGCGGGGCAAAGUUUGCCAGUGCUCUGGGCGUGUACAUGCGUGGGCAGUGUAUCAGUGACCUGAAGGUGUGGACGAGCCACAUGAAGAGGACCAUCCAGACUGCAGAGGCUCUGGGAGUCCAGUAUGAACAGUGGAAGGCCCUCAAUGAGAUCGACGCUGGGGUUUGUGAGGACAUGACGUAUGAGGAGAUUCAGGAGAAUUACCCAGAGGAGUUUGCACUGAGGGACCAAGACAAGUAUCGCUACCGCUACCCGAAAGGAGAGUCGUACGAGGACCUGGUCCAGCGCCUGGAGCCGGUCAUCAUGGAGCUGGAGAGGCAGGAGAACGUCCUGGUCAUCUGUCACCAGGCUGUUAUGAGAUGUCUGCUGGCCUACUUCCUGGACAAGAGUGCCAACGAGCUGCCCUACCUGAAGUGUCCUCUCCACACCGUUCUGAAACUCACCCCCGUCGCCUACGGUUGUAAAGUGGAGUCUGUCUUCCUCCACAUUGAAGCUGUUAACACACACAGGGACAAACCAGAGAACGUGGACGUGGACAGAGACCCGGCGGAGGCUUUAGAGACGGUCCCAGACCACAUCUAGAGGAGGAGACGCAAACACGGAGCUGGUUUUCAUGGAAAGUGGCCUUUUUUUAAUUUAAGUAAUCAUAGUGUUCAUUGUUGUCGUGGUCGUUGUUGUGAAACGGACAAACUUUAUGAUAUAUGAAAGUGAGACCUUUUUCCUAAUGGCAUUUCCAUUGUAAAUGCACUUUAUAAUGCAGGGCUCAGGCCAAAUGUCUGAUGAUGAUGAUGAAGAAGCUUCCUUUACUGUGAAAAAUGAACUACUGCUGCUGUACACUGGCCAGGAUCACUGUUUGGAUGUUUUGGAACAUUGUCAUGUUUGUCCUCCUCCCUACUACUAAUGCAUUAACCAAACAGUCAGUUAUUAACCUGCAGUGUCUGUCUGAGCCAUCCUGCAUCAUGUUCUCACCAGUAUCCAGACAUCUAGUAAGCAGAUAGGGUUUCUGAGAAGAGUGGGACAAAGAGGAAGGAGAGAUUUGUAACAAUGCUGAAUGAAACUUUGAGGAAUAGUUUGACAGUUUUAGAAAUCCGCUUAUUUCUUGCCGAGAUUUGGACGUGAAGAUGGACCACUCUCACUAAUGUCUGUACGCUGUGUGCAAUCUACAGUGGGGAGACGUUAGCUCAGCUCAAAGACUGGAAAUAAGGGGAAACAGCUAGCCUUGCUCUGUCCAAAGAUUACCCCAGAUUCAUAUAUAGCGUACAGACACCAGAGUGGUAUCGAUCUUCUCAUCUCUCAACAAGAAAGCAAAGUGUGGAACUAUUCCUUCAACCUGGCCUGUAAGUGUGAGUCAUUCUGUAUCACGUGUCCACAUUCAGAGGUACAUCAUACGAGCAUCCAAACGACGCUGGGGGUUGGGUGGAUGUGGUUGUAUUGUUACAGGAGAGAUGUGCAAACCACACACCCCACAAUCCUUUGAGAGUAAAAGGAGACAUUUGGCACUUUAAACUGCCCGAUACCAUGAUGUGCCUCACGUUAGUCAAAUAUACUGUAGGUGAUUACUCUAUGCACGCUCCAUGCACUGACACACACUGGACGCAGAUGCAGGUCCUUGUACAGUGUGUGUACUGUAGUAUGUUUUUAACUGACAUGGGUCAUUUUAAUAAGAUAUAUAAAAGAAGAUCUGGUGCAGUGUGUCAGUGAUUUUUUUUAAUAUGAAGAUAUUUCAAAGAUGACUGGCUGUUUUUGUUGUUUAGUGUAGCUGCUUUGUGAUCAGGUUUACUUGGGGGUGGGGGGGGGGUUCAAGGUCAAGAUCUGGGGCCUGUAUCGCAAACCAGUUCGACGUAGUGUGGCUCUCUUUGGGUUACGUGGCUCUGCUGGUAUCAUGAAGCUGAUUGUUGGUUUACAGAGAAAGGUUUUAAUUAAGAGUAAAAAUCGACACACCGCGAGUGGAGUGUUUAAGAUAAAUAUAAAAUGUUAUAGUACAGAAGUAGUGAUAUUCAGCAAAAUGAAAUAUUAGAUAAUCAGAAAACUGGUAAAGAACAAGAUGCUGUAAAAACAGAUAAUAAUAAUCUAAGGUAAGGCUAAAUAAAUGUGGGAAUUCUUGUAGCAUAUUCAAUACAUUUGACAUUUUCAACAUGUUCAGUAGUAUAUAAAGUAUUUUUUGCUUUUUCGUCUCAUGGUGAACAAACUUUUACGACUGUGAUACACAUGAAAAAUGCCUGAUACGGUUUAUCUGCAUUUAUUACAAAUUAGCUCUCGUUCUUGUCCCAGAACCUUGGUGCUAUCUAACGAACCAGCCAGCGUUUCCACCAGCUUUGAGUGGAACCAUUGUAAUCGGAUGUAUCAUCAAUAGAGGGCGCUGCACUGGAGGGAUCUGAUGCUCAGUAGUCGGGCUGCUGACGGGCUUUGAUUUGAAGUUAACCUGCUAAGGAGCAGCAGUGGUGAUCUGUCGCAUUUAAAAGUGAACCAGCUUCUUGAUACCAGCAAAGUAAACCCAAAGAUAAUCAGCUGACCCACUAAUCUGUUUGCGAUACAGGCUGCUGGUGUGUAUUUAUUUACAGUUACUUUGUGUCACCUGGGGGAGCAAUAGAGAAUACAAUUUUCUCAGGGGAUCUUUUUUUUUUAUUGUUUUUAAAAAGGGUUGCCAGCACAUCAGUGUAAAUAAAUGCAUGUACUACUUUCCACACAAUGUGACGUUCAGAAAACUAGUAUCUACGAUAGCGAGUCGUCCUUUUAAACCACAGUUCUUACUGUCAGUGGUAGCAAAUCCAGUGUCCAAUCAGUGAACUUGUGCUUUGUUUGGUCGGAUCAAACUGUCUCUAAAGAGGUCACAGCUUCAUCAUACUGCUCUUCUCUUCUGUGUAAAUGUGCAAUUGUGCCUGUGUGUCCUGAGCUCUGUAGUAUGUAGCAACUGGGAUGUCAGAGGUACUAAAACAGGACCGCCGUCUUGUCCAACAGCAACGAGUACGUGAGAGGAAUGAAUGAAAAGACAAUGUCAAUCAAUGCAAUCACUGAGGUUUAAUCUAUUAGAAAAGAUUUUAUUUUCUGAACUUGAGCAAAUAAACUGUUACGUUAAAGUCCAGGCAAUAAAAGGAAAAUGGAUACCUGA